UUUCAAAAUGCUGAGUCAUCCGAAGAGCCUGUAAAGUUUGUGUUCAAAAUAGAAUUAGAUUCAGGGCUUUUAAAUGCCGUUAAACUUGGUCAAGAUCUUGAAACCAACCUACUAAACCUAGAGAAAAUCAAAAGUAGCUUUGCGCAACUUACCAAAAUUCUCACUUUACCACUAGAAUCUGGAUCUGGAUAUUAUUGGAGAGGACUAAACUUAUAUUUAAAUCAAAAAAAAAAAGAAUUUAUAGGAUGUGCUACAGCAUACCUUCAAUGUGCAUCACGUGAAGACCGAAAGUGGCAAAGACCAGAUAACCAGGAUAUCAAAAGACGAAGUGAAGCUCGUGCUGCAAUAGA